GGUAGUUUAGUCUUAACCGUUGCGUAUAGGCUGCAAGAAAUAAUGGCACUAAGAUUCUGUAAGAAUGCCAAUUUGCGUUCUUCUAUUUUAUCAUUUACUAAAGUUCCUUCAAGAUUGAUGUAUGAUGUUUCUGGUGCUGGAAUAAUAAAAUCUAAACUAAAUAAAAAUGCAACAGAUUAUAAGGACAAUGAUUAUCAAUUGCGUAUGUUAGUUAAAGACUUGAAAGAUGUCUGCAAUGUUAUUAAAGAAGGAGGUGGUGAAAAAGCAAAAGCAAGUCAUGUUAUGCGCAAAAAAAUGUUACCUAGAGAUAGGAUCACAACCUUAUUAGAUUUAAAUUCUUCAUUUCUGGAAUUUUCUCAACUUGCAGGCCAUGAAUUAUAUGGAGAUGAAAAAGUGCCUGCAGGCGGUAUUAUUACUGGAAUUGGAAGAAUCUCUGGCGUCGAAUGUAUGAUUGUGACUAAUGAUCCUACAGUUAAAGGUGGAACCUAUUAUCCAAUUACCGUUGCAAAACAUGUUCGUGCUCAAGAAAUAGCCCAGCAAAAUAGACUUCCUUGUGUAUAUUUAGUUGACUCUGGGGGUGCAAAUUUGCCGCGCCAAGCUGAAGUGUUUCCAGAUCGUGAUCAUUUUGGACGAAUUUUCUUUAAUCAAGCUAAUAUGUCUGCUCAAAAAAUUCCACAGAUUGCUGUUGUCCUAGGUUCUUGCACUGCAGGUGGUGCUUAUGUACCAGCUAUGGCUGAUGAAAGCAUAAUUGUUCGUAAUCAAGGAACAGUUUUUCUUGCUGGACCUCCGUUGGUUCAGGCAGCGCUAGGAGAAGAAAUUAGUGCAGAACAAUUAGGAGGUGCUGAUUUACAUUGUCGCUCUUCAGGUGUUACUGAUUAUUAUGCUGUUGAUGACUUUCAUGCACUACAUCAAGCAAGACAAUGUAUUAAAAAUAUAAACUAUAAAAAAGAAAUCAAGAUAUCAACCAGAGAAAUAGAAGAACCAAUUUAUCCUGCUGAGGAGUUGUAUGGUAUAGUUGGUGCAAAUCUAAAAAAAACAUAUGAUGUUCGUGAAGUAAUUGCUCGAAUUGUUGAUGGAAGCAAAUUUGAUGAGUUCAAGGCCAUGUAUGGAAGCACCAUAGUCACAGGAUUUGCUCACAUUCAUGGCUAUCCUGUUGGAGUUAUUGGUAAUAAUGGUGUUUUAUAUAGUGAGUCAGCAUUAAAAGCCACACACUUUAUAGAAUUGUGCUGCCAAAGGAACAUACCACUUGUAUUUCUACAGAAUAUUACAGGUUUUAUGGUUGGUAGAGAAGCAGAAGCUGGAGGUAUUGCCAAAAAUGGGGCUAAGAUGGUAACUGCUGUGGCUUGUGCAAAUGUUCCAAAGUUUACUGUUAUUAUUGGGGGUAGUUAUGGAGCUGGAAAUUAUGGAAUGUGUGGUCGAGCUUACAGUCCUCGGUUUUUAUAUAUGUGGCCAAAUGCAAGAAUUUCAGUAAUGGGUGGUGAACAAGCUGGAACUGUUUUAGCAACCAUUAAAAAAACUCAACUUAAGAAAGAAGGAAAAAAGUUAACUCAAGAAGAAGAAGCAAAAAUUGAUGCAGAAUUAAAAAUGCCACUGAUAAAACAGUUUGAACAUGAAGGGCACCCAUACUAUUCAAGUGCAAGGCUUUGGGAUGAUGGUGUCAUUGACCCUGUUGACACAAGGACUGUUCUUGGUUUAAGUAUAAGCGCGUCUUUAAACGCUCCUAUUUCUCCUACGCGGUUUGGAGUUUUUCGAAUGUAAUCUCUUCUCUGCAUUUGAAAAUGAAUUGAAUGAUUUCGUUGGUAUCAUGAUUAAUGAUUGUCUGGAUGCUUUUUUACCGCACUUAAUUAUGUCAUGUUAGAUGAGUAUUUAACAUCAUUUUAUUUCAGUUGAAAAGUAUGAUUUCAGCUAGAUAUAACUUUAAUAACAUUUUAUAGAGUUUAAAUAAAUGCGCAACAUCUUUAUAGAUCAUGUCCAGGGCUCGGCGUUUUUUUUUUUUUAAACAUUAAAAAAAAGUAAAUUACACAAUUGUAAACAGUGGUCGAUUAUUUAAUAUAUUGCUUUUUGUU